AUGCCCUUGCUUAACAACAAGCGUGUGCCUCUUAUUGCUCCUCCACCGUACGACGCACGACGAAAGCGGAAGGAAGUAUGGUACCUGCGCUUCACAAACGAAAUCUUCACCGAUUACGAAUCAUACGUUAAUCGACUCUUGAUGUAUCGACAACCAAUCUGGACAUGUGAAGCAACCGGGCGAUCCAAUCUCACUUAUGAACAAGCAUUGGAGAGUGAAGGUCGAGAUGAACACAACCGAGCCGAGUUUCGAUUCUGCGAGACCUUGCGCAAACGCAUGUUGCAUCGGAUACAGUUUCAAACGAUUCGUUUGGAGCCUUUGGUGGAAGACAUCUUCAGCUAUUUUCGAUUCAAUUUCGCUCCUGGGGAAGUUGUUCAUUGUGAACUUGGAGAACAUGUCUAUCUUGCCAAAAUUUUAGAUGUUUAUCCUUCAGAUCAUCCUGGCAUCUUUCCCAUGAUUCAUCACCAACAACAACAACAACAUCCUAGACCCUUCGACAAACAUGAUCAGCCACCACAUACCACAACGACGACUUCAUCAUCUGAAGAAACCGAAUCAGAGACCGAUGAAAUACCUCGUCAACCCAACGGUCGAUUGCGAUUCCCUGAUGCUUUUCUACAUCCAGCUCCAGUUUCUUCAUCAUCAGCAUCAUCUUCUCCUCCACCACCCAAUGUCGUACCACAGCAACAUCCAUCUUCUUAUGAUAUGAAUGGCCACGCCAAUGUGCCAUCGACAACAUUACCAUCGCAUCCAAUGAAUGAUCGUCAUGUGCCUUUUACCAUCCCACUACGUUUUCGCGUUCAACUGAUCAAUGAAUAUGAGAUGCCAAUUGAGAAUUGUGCUCGCAUAGUCCAAAUCCAAGAGAUAAGGAGAGAUCGACGUGUAUUUUGUCGUCAUUUAUUGCAACGAUUUGUAAGGGAAUGUGCACAAAAAGAUAGUUACAUCGGUGCACCAUGGCUUGUCAAGCCUGUUGUCGCUCAACAUUAUGGAAUCGACAUGACGUUGCCAGCGCAUCUCCAAGAAGCACGUGAUCUUGCAUAUGCACACCUGAUUAGGAAAAGGAAAGUGAUUGAGGAGGAUACGAUUGAAAAGCGGGCUCGGCAGGAUGAAGGACCAUUUCGACGUAUGCACAUCAAAGAGGAACGAUUCAAAGAACAAAAGCGAAAGCCUAUACCAGUCAAGUACCCUAUUGAAGACUUGGAUCUGCCAAUUUAUCGCAAGGACCCCAAUCUCAAUUGGGAAUUGGUUGACAUGUCACCUGACGUAUACAAUGGUCCCGAGACUAUUCCUUAUCCAAGCGGUGGAAGAGCAGCACGUCCAAUCCCACAUGAGAAUACCGCCAUUGCUGAUGAUUUAUUCGAGACAUUCAUCUCUGUGUGGUCCUUCCUCAAUGUAUUUUCAGAUCCACUCGAAUUGACGCCAUUCAGCAUUGAUGAUUUUGAGCAAGUCUUAUGUCAAAGCCCACAGCAACAUACCAAAACAUCCAUCUUGGUCGAUAGCAACAUUGCAUUGCUUAAUGCCAUUAUCAGUGAACGCAAUCAGGAUUCGGUCAGCGAUAUUGUGAGCGGGAUUACAAUGGAGGAUUAUGUGGAUAUGUUGGAUGAACAAAAUGAAUCAGGACGAUCAUCAUCAUCGUCAUCGUCGUCAUCACCUCAAGUGAAGGAUACAGCGUUUUCACGCCUACGACGAGGCAAGGUUGAACGUGGAUGGCGAGAUGCCGAGCAAUUGAAAUUGGGAAAGAAUUGGGACAAAAAGGAGAUUGGAAGUAAUCGAAAAGGAUGGGAAACAGCAUUGAUCGGCUGUCUCAAUGAUACGGCAACACCCCAAUUGAUACCUGAUCUCGACUUGAUUUUACGACAUUUGGUCCCCCGGAACAACUCAACAGCCGCAGAACGAGAACGCCAAUACCCCACUUUGAGCAUCAAGCACAAACUUGCGAUUCUCAGUUUUCUGAUGGAGGCUGUUAAUGAAACUUCAAUUAUAAAGGACUAUAUGGAGCAAUGUCAGGAACAACUUACCGAGUUUAGACGACAAAGAGUGGAAUUGAACAAAGAAAGCAAGAGCCUCACUGCACGACGUAUAGAACUAGAUCGCCGUGAUCGUGCGGAUAAAGAAGAAAAAGAAGAGGAUUCAAGCGAGGAUGAGGAAUCUGGAAGCGAAUCAGAGGGUGAUUCUGAUACCAACAACGAUUCAAGUGAAGACUCAGCGCAAUCGGAUGAUAGCGAUUCUGCAACUCGUAGACGUCAUGGUCGUCGCCAUCGUUCUCGACAAGAAAAACUUCGACAAAAGCAGCAGAAACGCAAGGAGCAGGAAGAGAUGAGACAACGACAAUUACAAAAGCAACGUGAAGCAGCCAAAGCUCGAAGCCAAGAAUUACGACAAAAGGCUGAGGAGCGUCGUAAAUUGGAAGAAGAAGAACGGGCAUUACGCAAAAAGGAGGAGCAGCUGGAAAAGGAUAUGCGAAAAUACUCCACUUUGCGGAUACGACCUUUAGGCCGCGACAGAUUUUACAACCGAUACUUGUAUAUGGACAAUAUUGGCACAUCGAGUACCUAUGGCACCGGUCGUUUAUAUGUUCAAAGCCCAAGUGAUGUGGAUAUUCAAAUGAUUAUGGAGCGCGAUCGAAAGGAACAUCUUACUGAACAACCAUGGGGUCGCGGUGGUGGACGUUGGUUCGUCGUUGAGCUCAUGAAAGCCCAUGGUUUAGAAAAUGAAAGCUCGUGGUUAGAGGAGAGAAUGGACAACACUGAAGGAUGCAGCACAAGUUGGUGGCGUUAUUAUUCUGAACCAGAAGAGAUCCAACAAUUGCUAGCAUGGUUGAAUCCCAAAGGCACCAGAGAAUGCAAGUUGAAAAACGAGAUUACAAAACGUCAAAACUAUAUCAUAGAAUCAAUGAAAAGCAGGAUGCAGGCACUCAACAAAGCACAACAAACACCAUCCCCAGUGCAAACAACACCAAAACGAUCAUCAAGGACACGAUCAAGUGCAUCCUAG